GAGCAAUACAAAGGGAGAAGAUUCAAUCUCUUCCCCUGUUCCAAACCCUUUCCCUGAGCUCAUCGCCUCAACCCUCACCCCCCUCCUCUAUGAAUGUUUAUUACCAUCGACCAAAAGUAGUGCAACUCAGGUAAUCAAAGUUUAUAAUGAAGACAACACCAGCAGAGCAGUCGAGGUUCCCAGUGACAUCACUGCCCGGGACAUAUGCCAGCUGUUCGUCCUGAAGAACCACUGCAUUGAUGACCACAGCUGGACUCUUUUUGAACACAUCUCUCAUCUGGGAAUAGAGAGAACCAUUGAAGACCAUGAGUCUGUUAUGGAGGUGCUAUCCGGCUGGGGAAUGGACACAGACUGCCGGCUGUAUUUUAGGAAGAAUUAUGCUAAAUACGAGUUCUUCAGGAAACCCCUGGACUUUUUCCCGGAUCACAUGGUCUCUAUAUCCAGUGAAACCAACGGCAUGGUGGAUCACUCUCAGCUUAUACAGACCUUUCUCAACUCCAGCUCAUGUCCAGAGAUACAUGGACACCUCCAUGCCAAAGAGCAAAGCAGGAAAUCUUGGAAGAAGUUCUAUUUUGUCCUGCGUAGGUCGGGCCUUUAUUUCUCCAAUAAGGGAACUUCCAAGGAACCGAGGCAUCUCCAGUUCAUUGCAGACUUCAGUGACAGUGAUGUCUACACAGUGUUGUCAGCCAAAAAACGACAUGGAGCACCUGCAGAUUACGGCUUCUGUGUCAAGCCUACAAAGGGUAGUUCGGGCCGGGACUUGAAGCUGCUCUGUGCGGAUGAUGAGCAGACCAGGACCUGCUGGAUCACAGCCAUGCGCUUGUUAAAGUAUGGGAUGGAGCUGUACCAGAACUUUAUCCAGCCACACCAGAAACAAAAAGCUUCACCAAUGAGGAGCAUCUCAGAGAAUUCUCUGGUGGCCAUGGACUUUUCUGGCCAAAAGAGCCGUGUGAUCGAGAACCCGUCCGAGGCGAUGUCUGUGGCGGUGGAGGAAGGCCUGUCAUGGAGGAGGAAGAGCUGCCACCGUCUGAGCGGCCAUGGGAGCCCCUCCACAUCACACAGCUCUUUGUUAAACAUGGCUCUCCACUUGGGUCAGCCCUGGUUCCACGGCAAAUUGUCGAGGGAGGAGGCUCAGCGUAUAAUCACUCAGCAGGGUCUCAUCGAUGGAAUGUUUCUUCUGAGGGACAGCCAAAGCAACCCUAAGACUUUUGUACUGUCGCUGUGCCACAUGCAGAAAAUUAAACACUUUCAGAUCGUACCCGUGGACGAUGAUGGGGAGUUAUUCUACAGUCUGGAUGACGAUCAAACACGCUUCACCGACUUGAUCCAGUUGGUGGAAUUUUACCAGCUAAAUAGAGGGGUGUUGCCCUGCAAGCUCAAACACCACUGUGCCCGUAUCGCCCUGUGAACAAGGGACCCACGAGACCCCCGAGGGCCCAGAUGCACCUUAACUCCAUGGCCUUUCCAGACAAACACUCCCAGUGUUCUUGUGCCUUGAAGAAUAAAGACAUACAGCCAUACUAACUGAAACCACUGUUAUAAUCCACUAUCAUUGACAUCCAUAGUCUGCUACAUGGGCCCUCCUUCUUUGCUUUGAAAGCUGAAUUUAAGAACAGACCACAUGUGCUGUUGAUUUGCAUUUUCUACCGUGAAGGGUGGUGGUAAAUCCAUGGUCCAAACAUGACUUCCUGUACUCUGCAUUGUAGAGCAUGUGAUACAUUUUUAUUUGAAAUUAUAUCAUGCAAGACAUUGUCAUACACAACACCUCUGUCCUCUUAAAUUUGAGCAAACCAAGCUAUCUUUCUUUUCUUUGUCAUUGUAUUUUUAAGUAUUCAGGUAUUUUUUUUGUAAAAUAAAUUGCUGUUGUUUUCUAUAUGAGGGCUAAAAGGACCUCUCAGGAAGUGCCCCUGUGCAUGCCCAGUGAGUGGGAUCGAUACUGCUGUAGAGGGGAGAGGAGACGUGAUGUACAGGUGGAGAGACAUAGCACACAACCUCACUGCACUGUACAUUCAUUUGAAAUGUUUGUGAUUAAAUGAAAUGUUUUUUUACAUGACUUUAAUUGUGAGCUUGUUCUAGAGUGAGAGGAGUGACAUUUAUUUCACCAGUUUUAGAUAAAGCCGUUAAGAAGACUGAUUUUGAUUUCAGAUAUACAUUUUGAAAUACUUGGCUUGGUUGUUGGUGUUAUUCCCACUUCUGUGGACACUGCCAUUAACGCAUCAGCUUUUAAUAACAAGGUAUUUUAAAUCAGUGACAUGGUUGAAACACCAUCUAAUGUUAGUUUAAUUAUUUUACAGCUGUACAACAUUGCAUUGAACAAUAAAUACU